UAAAUAGCUCUAUAAGUUUUUGGUUGUUGUAUAUGCCUCAUUAUGAAUUUAUGACAAUCAAUGCUGUUUGUUUCAUCUGACAGAGAGAGGGAGAUACAGAGAAAGAGAGCUUGAGGAAGGGUUUAAGCAGAUCUGCAAGAAACACUCUCAGAAUCAAACCGGCGGCGACAGUGACGGCGGCGAAAAGCGGCGGUGUUGGCCGCAAAAACGAUGCAAAACCAGCUAUGGUCAUUACCGCUAACGAUUUAUCAAAAUGGGAAAAUUUUCCUAAAGGACUUAAGGUUCUUCUUCUCCUCCACGACGGCGACAGCAACGGAGAUGGCUCUUCAGCCGCCGAGACUCGAUCAAAGCUCGAAUCAAUGGACUAUAUCGUUACUUCAUUCACCGAUGAAACUGAAGCACUCUCUGCGGUUGUCAAGAACCCGGAAAGGUUCCACAUUGCCAUCGUCGAGGUGAAUACGAGCGCCGAAAACGAGAGUUUCAAGUUUCUUGAGGGUGCCAAAGACGUCCUUCCUACUAUAAUGAUUUCAACUGAUCAUUGCAUCACUACUACACUGAAAUGCAUAGCGCUUGGUGCAGUUGAGUUCCUUCAAAAACCGCUCUCACCGGAGAAAUUAAAGAACAUUUGGCAGCAUGUUGUUCAUAAGGCAUUCAAUGACGGUGGAACUAAUGUUUCGGUAUCACUUAAGCCAGUGAAAGAAUCUGUUGUCUCGAUGCUUCAUCUUGAUACUGACAUGACAAGCGAUGAGAAAGAUCCAGCGCCAUCAACCCCGCAAUUGAAACAAAUUUCACGGUUACUAGGGGAUUGCCAAGAGAACAUAAAUUUCUCGAUGGAAAAUGUAAAUUCCUCGACCGAGAAGGAUAACAUAGAAGGUCAAGAUAUCGGUGAAUCUAAAUCAGUCGACACUACAAACUGCGAAUUAGAUGAUGACAAAGUGGUUGUCAAAAAAGAGAGAGGAGACAGUGAAAAAGAAGAAGAAGGUGAAACCGGAGAUCUCAUAAGUGAGAAGACAGAUUCAGCUGAGAUUCAUAAGAAAGAAGAUGAGACUAAACCGAUUAAUAAAUCAUUCGGGAUCAAGAACGUGUCUGGUAACAAAACUAGUCGAAAGAAGGUAGAUUGGACACCAGAGCUGCACAAGAAGUUUGUGCAAGCAGUUGAGCAACUCGGCAUUGAUCAAGCGAUACCUUCGCGGAUUCUUGAGUUGAUGAAAGUAGGCACCUUAACAAGACACAAUGUAGCUAGUCACCUUCAGAAAUUUCGGCAGCAUAGGAAGAAUAUUCUUCCAAAGGAUGAUCAUAACCAUAGAUGGAUACAAUCUAGAGAGAACCAUAGACCAAAUCAACGUAAUUAUAACGGUUUUCAACAGCAACACCGUCCCGUGAUGGCUUAUCCCGUUUGGGGUCUUCCCGGUGUUUAUCCGCCAGGAGCAAUUCCACCUUUGUGGCCGCCGCCGCUUCAGUCCAUUGGUCAACCACCUCCGUGGCAUUGGAAACCACCCUAUCCAACGGUGAAUGGUAAUGCAUGGGGUUGUCCGGUUGGACCGCCUGUGACCGGAUCAUAUAUUACUCCUUCGAAUACUACCGCCGGUGGAUUUCAAUAUUCAAACGGAGCUGAAACCGGCUUCAAAAUAAUGCCGGCGAGUCAGCCGGACGAGGAAAUGAUAGAUCAAGUGGUUAAAGAAGCGAUCAGCAAACCGUGGCUGCCGCUACCGCUCGGGCUAAAACCGCCCUCCGCGGACAGCGUUUUGGCUGAGCUAUCGCGUCAAGGCAUCUCAGCCGUCCCUUCUUCUUCUUGUUUAAUCAACGGCUCUCAUCGUCUACGCUGACGUGUCCAUGAAACAGAACCCGUAGAUAUGAUGACGUCAUGCGUGGCGUACUUGUCCGUGUCUGA